AUGGAGCUCAAUUCUGAUUUGUAUUUAAAUAGAGCAAAACUCGUGAUGAGUGUCCUGGGCGUUUGGGUACCAGAAAUAAACGAGAUUAUAACUAGAAGAUUGUACAAAAUCUUUAUGCUAUCUCUUCAAUAUUCAUUUUUGUUAUUUCAAAUCAUUAACGUGUUUCAAGUGUUAGGGGAUAUGGAGGCUAUAUCACAUGCUGUUUACUUGCUUUUCACACAAGCCAGUUUGUGUUGUAAAAUUUCUGUCUUUCAUUGGAAUAUAGAUGGAGUCCGAAAUCUGCUAGAACAAAUGAAUAGCAAAACUUUUCAACCGCUGUGUACUGAGCACGAACGAAUUUUAAAAACACGAGCUGUAAGUAUAAAGCGAUUAUUAAUGGUGUUCAUAGUGGUUGCAGAAGCGACCUGUGUGGUAUGGGGGUUAAUUCCUCUUCUUGAUCCCGAAGUUAAGAAAUUUCCUUUUGAUAUGUGGCUACCUGUAAAUCCCAACAUCUCCAUAGAAUACCAAAUCGGCUUUACUUACCAAGAGAUAACAAUUUGCACUAGCGCAUUCCUGUACUACGGAGUGGACACUGUAGCUAUAUCAAUGAUUAUAUUUGCGUGUGCGCAGAUGGAGAUUAUUAUGGAGAAAAUAUUAAGUGUAAGGAUCGAAAGUGGACUUGUAAAUUUUAUUAACACGGUCAUCUACGUGGCGCUUAUGGCUAGCCAGAUGUACUUGUGUUGCUGGAGUAGCCACGAGCUUACUGUUAAUUGUGAAAAAUUGCAAACAACAUUAUAUUUGAGUAUCUGGUACGAACAAGAUCUAAAGUUUCAGCGUUCACUCUAUUUAAGCAUGAUGCGUAUUUCCAGCCCAGUGGUCCUUCGAGCCGGACAUUACAUUAGUUUGUCAAGGGAGACGUUUGUAUCUUACUCGUUUUUGUUCUUUCAAAUCGUUUACGUGAUUCAAGUGUGGGGGGAUAUAGAUGCUGUAUCUCGUGCAGUGUACUUGCUUUUCACGCAAGCUAGUUUGUGCUUCAAAAUUUCCGUGUUUCACUGGAAUAUAGGUCUGGUAAGGAAGUUGCUAGAACAAAUGUGUUGCGAAACUUUUCAGCCGCUGAGUGAUUUUCAUGAACGAAUUUUAAAAGCACGAGCUAAGUAUAUAAAACGGCUAUUGCUGAUGUUCAUAAUAGCCGCAGAAACUACUUGUUUGACUUGGGGGUUGAAUCCCCUUUUUGACAGUGGCGCGAGGAAGUUUCCUUUUGAUAUGUGGAUGCCUAUAAGUCCAGAAAAAGAUUCAUUUUAUGCCAUAGGCUUUUUAUACCAAGAGAUAACAAUAUGCAUGAGUGCAUUGCUGUACUAUGGAGUGGAUAGUGUUGCCAUCUCGAUGGUGAUUUUUGCGUGUGCGCAGUUAGAGAUUAUUAUGGAAAAAAUUCUGAGUAUCCAGUCCUAUCGGCCAAGUGUAGAUGAUAUGACUGUAGAAGAAUAUUAUACGAAUGCCAACAAUAAAUUAAUUGAAUGCGUAAAGCACUAUCAUGCAGUGGUUAGGUUCACCAAACUAAUCGAAGACACCUUCCACGUCUAUAUAUUUUUCCAAUUAACGGGCGCAGUGGGGAUAAUUGUCAUGAGCGCAUAUCGUAUUUUGAUUCUUGAGAGCCAAAGCAUAGAGCUUAUAGCGACCAUGAUGUACCUGACAGGUAUGGCCAGCCAAAUAUACAUAAGUUGCUGGAGUGGACACGAACUAACAUAUCUUCUGCUGUGCUGCACUAUCGUUAUUAACUUGUAUGUCCACCAAAUGCAAUUUUUAAGGAUGCCUGUCGACCCUACGAAAUCUCCACAUUACGAAGUCGGAUAUGUUUAUCAAGUAUUAAGUAUUUACAUCAGCGCUUUGCUAUUUUUCGCUGUAGAUAGCACAACCCUCUGCAUGAUAAUGUUUGGAUGUGCGGAACUUGAAAUUAUUGUUGAUAAAAUACAUAAGAUUCGGUCCAUUCCAAUGUCAUCGGGUUUGAAGAAAUCGGAAAGCAAUGAAAGAAUUUUGGAAAAUAAUGAAUUAUUUAACGAAUGUAUUAGACAUCAUCAAGCGGUUGUAAAAUUCAUUGAAUUAUUAGAAGACACGUAUCACGCUAAUAUAUUUUUUCAACUCAGCGGUAGUGUUGGCAUUAUCUGUAUAAUUGGGCUUAGAAUUGUAAUUGCAGAACCUAGUAGUGUACAAUUUUAUUCAAUGUUGAAUUAUAUGGUUACAAUGUUGUCACAAUUGUUUCUGUACUGUUGGUGUGGAAAUGAAUUAACUACAAUGAGCCAAAAUCUUCGUGAACAUCUCUACUUGUGUCCAUGGUACGAACAAAACAAUAAAUUCAGGCGAUCUCUCAUUAUUGUGAUGGAAAGGAUGAAGAGGCCCAUAAUAUUCAAAGCCGGUCAUUACAUACCUUUGUCUCGACCUACCUUUGUAUCUAUCAAGAUGGCGGCCGCUGAAGUUAAAAUUAUAAUGGCGGUAGAUGAGUUUGACAUUUACUACAAUGCUUUGACAGCUUUAAUGAUACAGAUAAAUAUAAAAGCGGAAAUAGUGUAUACAGUGCAAGAUAAAGGUCGAUGUAGUGAUUAA